CUUCUUGGCGGCAGCGCUUCCUUGUUUGUUUGAUUGCACUGUGCGUCGUGCGUGACAGCAGCGCAAAGGACAAGCUUGGUUAGACCAAGAUAAACCUGACCACCUGGGAUAUCUUGACAGAGCUGCCAAAGAUGUCCUAUCGAAGGUCUGCAUCGUACACGAGGGAUCAGAUCAACGAAUUGAUUACUCUGUUUCCAGAAGCAGCCCAUUUGAAGAAUCGAUUGAAACAAGAUGAAGAUCUGGAAUCGCUGUUUCAAGACACAAUGGUACACUUGGCAAAUGUCAUGGGGGAUAGCUCGGCAGUAGUUCAAGAGUUUCUCAGGCGGAGAUCGCAGAAGCGAAUGAAGGACGAAAAAAGAGCCCGGCAACGAGCGGGGGUGAGGUUUUUAGAAGAACUAGUUGUCCAAGAGCAGGCAGAAGCAGAGGAAGCACGCGAGAAUAACACGGAUCCUUUGACGUCCUCGUCGCCCAUGGGGAAGACACCCUUGGACAAAGUAAGCAAGCUGUUUCGGGGAAUCUUGGCUUCGACUGUGGAGGAAGAGGAUCCAUUUUCACAUAGGUCGUCAAGGGAUAGCAAUGAGUGUCGGACACCAUCUUCGACAUCAAGAUCAGGGCAGGAUCCGACUAUGCAGCGAGAAGGGGUUAUCAGUGAACCAGCGAGGGAAGAGCCUGCAGAGAAUACCCAAGCAUGGUCAUCAGCAUCAUCAACAACAUCAACACCAUCAGCGACACCAUCAGAGACACCAUCAGCAACAUCAUCAACAAGGACACCGUCCAGGGAGACUCCAUUGCAAGAGCAAAAGAAAGAACAAGAACAAGAACCGGCAAAUCUAAUAGAGCCCGAGGAAACAAGAUCACCUGCCACGGUACUGCCGCCAAGUGAACCCAGAGCACCUUUCGAUCUACCGGUACCUCAACGACAACAGCAGCAACAAUUCUCCCAUGAACAAAGCAGCAAAUCAACGAAGCGGGUAUCGUAUGGUGUGGUGGGGACAGUGGCAGAGCAAGCUACCUGCAAUAUCCCAAUCUAUGGACCUCCCAAGAGCUGGGGACAAAAUAAUGACAACUACUAUAUUCUCAAUGGGAGGCCGCAAUCGACUUCCAAUAGGACAAAGACACUGCACUCCAGUUUCUCAAUGUCGCCAAAAUACCAAAGGCGACAACUACAACAACAACCCCUGCGACAACAGAGACCGAUUCGAUUGGAUGCCCCGCCACAACAUAGCAUAAAUGAGCUUCAAACCCCGAGUCUUGUUUCCGAACUGAGUCUCAACAGCUUUGCACAAUCACAUGAAUCUAUAGGUCAAAUGGAUGCCCCGCCGCCACCACCACCACCACAACAACAACAACAGCAGCCAAGACAUGACGAUCAGAGCAUGAACCCUGUUUCUCAAACAAGCACUACAUGCACAAACACUGCACAAUCAUCUGUUGUCCAAGUGGAUCCACCACAACAUACGAAAGGAGACCAUCAAAUCCUGACCAAUAGGACUCAAAGAAAUGCGACAACCCUGACGCAAUUUCGUGAUAAAUUUGGCCACAUGAUGAAUGGCUCACGACAACACACAAAACCUGGUCAUAAUCAAACCUUGAUCCCUGUAUCUAACGGAAGCCCGACAAUGACUGCAAAAUCAAUCAGUCAAACGGCUGCCCCAACACAACAUGCAAAAACCGAUCAUCAAAGCCUUGGACAGAGAGCCACAACCGGUAAACAAUCAUAUGAUUCGUUUGGUCAAAGGGUUUUCCCACCGCGACAUACACAAUGUUUUCAUCAAACCCUCCUCCCAGUUGCUCAAAACAGUACCACCACCAGCAUACCACUGUUGCAGGAUCCUUUUGAUCGUCCUGUAAAGGAUGAAAACAGCAAACGACCAAGAUUCCCCAGCCAGAACGUAGAUCUCACUUUUUCAAGCUCCAGCCUCGACAUUUUACGACAAGAUUCGGAUCCGCAGACAAUACCAGCCGCCACACCCAUUGUGGACAUAGCGGCAAGUUGCUCUGACUCUGUUUCGUCUGGCUCGGUUUGUGUUGUUGAAGAUGAUAUCGCAACACACACUCCCGCAAAUGUCCCGCAACAGCCUACCUACGUGCAAGGGUCCAGUAACGCCUUGCAAAUCAUGGUGUCAAAUCCUCCUUUGGUUCAUGCAACCUCUAGGGUUGUUGCCAAUUUCUAUAGAGAAGUGAUGCGAUCACGAGCCAAGCCGCUCAUGGAUGCGUCUCCUGCGUCUAGCUUUGGAGCAGGAAACACUCCGCGCUCGGAAGGAAGCUUUGACUACCGCAAGUCUCCACAACACCACAACCACCAGAGUGCCAAUCCAAGCUCAGUAAACGCUCCACACUCACAAGGAUCCUUCGACUGCAGCAAGUCUCCACACCACCACAGCCACCCGAAUGUUGAGCCAAGCUCAGUUCACCUGGAUCCUAAAGACUCACCUCACCAUUCAGAAACCAGUGUGAGUGUCCCGUCAAAGGCAUCACUUGGUUCUGCAACUAAGCAUCACCAAAUGCUGCCCGUUUCUGGUGGUGACAAGCCGAGUUCCAAUCAUGGUCUGAGCUCUCCCUUGGUCUCACAAAUAUAUCCCGCAUUCUCCCAUUCAAAUCAGUCAUCCCCUGGCCUGGGCUUGAACCAUAACUUCAGCUCGCUGCUGCCAUUCGAUCACCAGAAGUCUCACACCACCACAACCACCCGAGUGCCGAGCCAAGCUCAGUAA